GACUCAUUGCGCUGGACUCUAGACUGCGACAAGACAAAUCCAUGAUGGGAACGGACAGACCAUCCACACCACCGCCUCAGCCCGAGGCUGCAAAGCCCGGUGAGCUGCCUCGAGCGCCACUUACGCCGGAACAGUUACGGCGGAUAGAGAUCAACCGUAUGAAAGCGAAAGCGAUCCGUGAGCAACGAGAAGCCGAGCAGGCCCGGGCCGCCACUGCCAGCGCCGGACAGUCAGCCAAAGGGGUAAAGCGAUCCUAUUCUAACCUGACGGCAUCCGAGACGCCUGCUACGCUACGAGAUGGCCGUGCGAAUGCCGAUGCGACGAAUCGUCCCCUCGACGCCAUCAAGCCUGCGCGAAGUUUCGCUAAAUAUGUCGACUACGACUUCAGCAAGAUGACUGAUACGAAGGGAGGAUUCUUGACGGAGGAGGAUGAUCCUUAUAAUCGGCAGCUGCACGUGCGAGAUGGGAAAGGGGAGCAAAAACCGGCCAACAUGACGCAGAAGGAGUGGGAGAAACAGCAGUUACUUGCUUCCCUGCGUCAAAAUCGGACGGGGCCCUUUGAACCGGGGCUGAGUGUCCUGGAUGACAAGGCGAAGCAGAAGGCUUGUCGGGAGUGUGGGAACCUGGAGAUUGAUUGGAAGUGGGAGGAAACGCUGCGAUGUUGUAUUUGCAAUAGUUGCAAAGAAAAAUACCCGGAGAAGUAUAGCCUGCUAACCAAGACGGAGGCAAAGGAAGACUAUCUUCUAACUGAUCCUGAGCUGCGCGACGAAGAACUACUGCCCCAUUUAGAGCGCCCAAACCCCCAUAAAUCGACGUGGAACAACAUGAUGCUUUUCCUACGCUUCCAGGUCGAGGAAUACGCCUUUUCCGCGAAGAAAUGGGGAUCUGCCGAGGCGCUGGAUGCCGAAUUCGAACGACGCGAGAAUGUCAAGAAACGCCGACGGGAGGACAAAUUCAAGUCCAAGUUGCAGGACCUCAAGAAGCGUACGCGAGUGGAUGCCUAUCGCCGGAAUCGCCAGGGUGCUGCGGGAGGAAGCUUUGGAGAUGAUUUAGGCAACAGUCGCAAGCAUGUCCAUCAAUGGGGACGGUCCGUCGAGAAUCCCGAGACGGGGAUUGGAGUUAAGACAUGUGUUGACUGCGGGAUGGAGGUGGAAGAACUCGAGUUCUAGCGGACGAGAACUGAACUGGAUACUACUAAAUCACUACUAAAUCAUGAAGAUCCUCGGCACAAGAGUUGCCCGCGGGAAGCUUGGCCUAUCGCC